CGGAAAUGUCAUCGCGAUUCGUGUAGCGGAAUAUCACAAGAUUGUUCUCCUCCCAGCAGAAGCAAGUCUUUUCACCGUAAAAUGACGAACACGAGAUGAAAGAAACGAUUCUCGAAUAUAGAAAAACGUUCGAAUUAAAUUAACCUGCCUGGAAACGAAGCACACCACCGUACGACGAGAUUAUUAACUAAAGAUUAUGUGGAAUUCAGUGAGUAAUGAAUCCGGUGAACCUCGCGUUAGAACUUACGCCGAAAUAUUAAAGCAAAAACAAGACGAUGAGGGAUGGCAAAGUGCAACUUCGGCAAAACAGGCUGAAGUAGAAACUGAAGUACUUAAGUUAUACAAACUGAGAAAUGUGCCUAUCUUAACGAGACAGAAACAUAUUUCAUUUUUAAAAAAAUCAUUGUUCCGCCAAAGUGAAUCCUAUCAGUUAGAUUCAAGCAGACCAUGGUUAUGCUACUGGAUUCUACAUUCCCUUCAGAUCUUAGGAGAACGUUUAGACAGCGAUGAAUAUUCGAAAAUUGUUGCCUUCUUGGGCAAAUGUCAAUCACCAGAAGGUGGUUUUGGAGGAGGUCCAGGGCAGCUACCACAUUUGGCCUCUACUUACGCAGCAAUAAAUGCACUAUGCACUAUUGGCACACCUCAGGCUUACGAAAUAAUUGAUAGAAAAGCACUUAAACAAUUUUUAUUAUCGUUGCAUGAGGAAGAUGGAUCUUUUUGUAUACACAAGGAUGGAGAGCAAGACAUAAGAGGGGUCUACUGUGCUCUUUCUGUAGCGAAAUUAACGAAUAUCUAUACUCCUGAGAUAUUCAAAGAAACCGAAAACUGGAUAGCUGCAUGUCAAACAUGGGAAGGUGGUUUUGGAGCUGCUCCUGGCAUGGAAGCUCACGGUGGAUAUGCAUUUUGUGGGUUAGCAGCACUUAUGCUUAUUGGGAAACCUCAGUUGUUUUGUCUGAGAUCAUUUCUGAGAUGGAUAGUAAACAGGCAAAUGCGUUUGGAGGGUGGAUUUCAAGGGAGAACAAACAAAUUGGUGGAUGGUUGUUACUCCUUUUGGCAGGGUGGAGCUUUUCCAUUGCUUCAUGCGAUUUUAAGUAUGGAAGACAAUGUAUAUGGCUGUCAUUGGCUGUUUGAUCAAGAGGCCUUACAAGAGUACUUAUUACUGUGUUGUCAACAUCCCCAUGGCAGCCUUUUAGACAAACCCGGAAUAAGUCAAGACGUGUAUCACACGUGUUAUGCGCUCAGCGGAUUAUCUGUUGCGCAAAAUUCUCCAAGGCCAUUGAUCAUUGGAUCAAGAAUCUUAAAUUUAGUGAAAAUAAUUCAUCCAGUUUAUAAUUUAGAAAAUACAUGUGCAGCUAAUGCAUUGAAAUAUUUCAACACACUGCCGAUACCUGACUGAGUGUACAUUUAAUGUUUAAUGUGCAUUAAUAGAAUAAAAUAUGUUUUCAUUU